CAGGGCUUUUCUUAUUGGGAAAGACGGGAAUCCCAACAAACGCAACAUUCACAAUGAGAGUUCUAUGCACUUGCUUUGUAUGGGAUCCGAUCUGCGGAUCUCAGAAGGUGCUCUAGACCACCGCUUGCCCCGACCAGUGGAUGACGACCGCAGGAGGUCUGAGUGUUUACGGAUGUUUCUAGAGUGGAAAGGAGCAAAGCUUGACCAUGGCGAGUACGAGAGGGCUGCACUCGAUGCCACGGACAACAAGAAGAACACACCUUUGCACUAUGCUGCUGCCUCAGGGAUGAAAACUUGUAUUGAGCUACUAGUGAGGAAUGGAAGUAACCUCUUUGCUGAAAAUGAGAACAAGGACACCCCCUGUGACUGCUCUGAGAAACAGAACCACAAGGACCUGGCGCUCAAACUGGAGUCUCAGAUGGUGUUCUCGCGGGACCCAGAGGCAGACGACAUUGAAGCAGAAUACGCCGCCUUAGACAAGCGAGAGCCAUAUGAAGGACUUCGUCCGCAAGAUCUGCGCCGUCUGAAGGACAUGCUGAUUGUGGAAACGGCUGACAUGCUGCAGGCCCCCCUGUUCACUGCAGAGGCAUUGCUUCGAGCACACGAUUGGGAUCGGGAGAAGUUACUUGAAGACUGGAUGACCAGUCCAGAGAGCUGUUGCCAACGAUCUGGUGUCCAAAUGCCAACACCGCCACCCAGCGGGUACAAUGCCUGGGACACGCUGCCUUCUCCCCGCACCCCACGCACCACGCGCGCUCCUCCGUCACUUCACCAGAUGAAAUUAGCCUGUCUCCCGGAGACAUUGACACUACGCUGUGUGGUAUCUGCAUGUGCAGUAUUUCUGUAUUUGAAGACCCUGUGGAAAUCCCCUGUGGACAUGACUUUUGCAGAACAUGCUGGGAGUCGUUUUUAAACCUUAAAAUUCAGGAAGGAGAAGCUCAUAACAUCUUCUGCCCAGCCUAUGACUGUUUCCAGCUGGUUCCCGUGGAGGUCAUAGAGAGUGUGGUGUCCAAGGAGAUGGACAAGAGAUACCUUCAGUUUGAUAUUAAGGCAUUUGUUGAAAAUAAUACUGCGAUUCGAUGGUGUCCAACACCAGCCUGUGAGCGGGCUGUGCGCUUAAAGAAGCAAGGAACCAAUACAUCUGGGUCCGACAUCCUGACUUUCCCUUUGUUACGAGCUCCAGCCGUGGACUGUGGGAAAGGGCACCUGUUCUGCUGGGAGUGUCUGGGAGAGGCCCAUGAGCCCUGCGACUGCCAAACGUGGAAAAACUGGCUUCAGAAGGUCUCGGAAAUGAAGCCAGAGGAACUUGUCGGCGUGAGUGAGGCUUUCGAGGAUGCUGCCAACUGCCUGUGGUUAUUAACAAACUCCAAACCCUGCGCCAACUGCAAAUCUCCCAUCCAGAAAAAUGAGGGCUGUAACCACAUGCAGUGUGCCAAGUGUAAAUACGACUUUUGCUGGAUCUGCUUGGAAGAAUGGAAGAAGCACAGCUCUUCCACGGGAGGUUAUUACCGCUGUACCCGCUACGAGGUCAUUACUCAGGUGGAAGAACAGUCUAAAGAGAUGACGGCAGAGGCAGAGAAGAAGCAUAAAAGGUUCCAGGAACUGGACAGGUUUAUGCACUAUUAUACAAGGUUUAAAAACCAUGAACACAGCUACCAGUUAGAACAACGUCUUAUCAAAACAGCCAAAGAAAAGAUGGAGCAGCUGAGCAGGGCUCUCAGUGAAACUGAGAGUGGCUGCCCAGACACCACAUUUAUUGAAGACGCCGUACAAGAGCUCCUCAAGACCAGGCGCAUCCUCAAGUGUUCUUAUCCCUACGGAUUUUUCCUGGAACCCAAAAGCACAAAAAAGGAAAUCUUUGAACUCAUGCAGACAGACCUAGAAAUGGUGACAGAGGAUUUGGCUCAGAAGGUGAAUAGGCCUUACUUGCGAACCCCUCGCCAUAAAAUCAUCCGGGCAGCGUGUCUGGUGCAGCAGAAGCGACAGGAGUUUUUUAGCAUCAGUGGCACGUGGAGUAGCUCCAGCUGACUCUCCUGAAGCAUCAAGGCGAAGCUUCGCUGGAGGAACAUGGGACUGGGAAUAUCUAGGAUUUGCUUCUCCAGAGGAGUAUGCAGAAUUCCAGUAUAGGAGAAGACACCGACAGCGCCGUCGUGAUUUGCACAGUAUGAGGAGCAACACUCCAGAUCCCGAUGACCACACAGAAAGCACUUUGGAUACCCUGGAGGUUCGUGGUAGCAGGAGACAUGGCACAUCCACGGCGCUGAGUUCACUGGAUGACGACGAUCCCAACAUCCUCCUGGCCAUUCAGUUGUCUUUGCAAGAAUCUGGCCUCAGUGUCGAUGAAGAGACUAGACAGUUCCUCAACAAUGAGUCUUCACUAGGAGCCAUAGGUUCAUCUCUGCCUACAAGACUUGAUCCAUCUCCGAUAAGCUUGGAGAACCCUAGGUCUGCAUUGAGUAGCUCCGAACUGCUAGAACUUGGCGAAAGUCUGGUAAGGCUAGGAGCUAGCAAUGACCCAUAUGCAAUAGACCGCAUACACUCGAAUUCAUUCACCGAUGUCCCAACAUCCAGCAGUGACCUCGAUUCUUCUAGUCAAGACCCCAACAUGAAUGAGAACCUUCUGGGAAACAUUAUGGCAUGGUUCCAUGACAUCAAUCCUCAGAGCAUCGCCCUUAUUCCGUCUAUGGCCUCAGAAUCAGACGUUGAUUUACAGCCGCUGAGUGUCAGCGACCAGCUGCUGUCUUCUGCUGCAAAUUUGGCAGAGGAGCAUGCACUUUUUCAGGAUGCACUAAUUAACGAAGACCCAGAAAUGAGAAUAGAGGAGAUUGCUUCCGAGCAGAUAGAAACUCAGGCUGAAGCGAUGUCACAGAGUGAUGACCACACCAACGAAGUCAUGAGCAGUGUGGCCAGCUCCGAAGAUAUCUCAAGUAGAACUCCUGAACCCCCAACAGAAUGGGUCGAACAAGUACAUUUGGUAUGA